AUGGCUUUCAAAUUCAUUGCAUUCACAAUGGCCAAGGCACCUGCUGUUGGAAUUGAUCUGGGAACUACCUACUCCUGUGUUGGAGUAUUCCAACAUGGGAAAGUUGAAAUCAUUGCCAAUGACCAGGGAAACAGAACAACACCUUCUUACGUUGCCUUCACCGACACAGAGCGUCUAAUUGGAGAUGCAGCCAAGAAUCAAGUUGCCAUGAAUCCUACCAACACUGUCUUUGAUGCCAAGAGGCUGAUAGGGAGGAGAUUCGAUGAUGCUACGGUACAAAGUGACAUGAAGCAUUGGCCUUUUACUGUCACCAGUGAUGGAGGGAAGCCUAAAAUUCAAGUUGCAUACAAGGGGGAGACAAAGACAUUUUACCCUGAGGAGAUCAGCUCCAUGGUGCUGACCAAGAUGAAGGAAACUGCCGAGGCAUAUCUAGGGAAAACUGUGACUGAUGCUGUUGUUACAGUACCUGCCUACUUCAAUGACUCGCAGCGCCAAGCCACAAAGGAUGCAGGAACAAUUUCUGGUUUGAAUGUCCUGCGAAUCAUCAACGAACCUACAGCUGCUGCCAUUGCUUAUGGUCUGGACAAGAAAGUUGGAGGAGAGCGGAAUGUCCUCAUCUUUGAUCUUGGUGGUGGUACAUUUGAUGUAUCCAUCCUGACAAUUGAAGAUGGGAUCUUUGAAGUGAAAUCUACUGCUGGUGAUACUCAUUUGGGUGGUGAAGACUUUGACAAUAGGAUGGUCAACCACUUUGUUCAGGAGUUCAAGCGGAAGUUCAAGAAAGAUAUGAGCGAGAACAAGCGAGCUGUGCGUCGUCUGCGCACUGCUUGUGAACGAGCAAAGCGCACUUUGUCUUCCUCUACUCAGGCCUCAAUUGAAAUCGAUUCCUUAUUUGAGGGUAUUGACUUCUACACUUCCGUCACACGUGCACGCUUUGAGGAGCUCAAUGCUGAUCUCUUCCGCUCAACCCUGGAACCUGUGGAGAAGUCUCUUCGAGAUGCCAAGCUGGACAAGGCUUCCAUUCAUGAGAUCGUCCUUGUUGGUGGCUCCACUCGCAUUCCGAAGAUCCAGAAGCUGUUGGUGGAUUUCUUCAAUGGUAAGGAAGUGAACAAGAGCAUCAAUCCUGAUGAAGCUGUUGCUUAUGGAGCUGCUGUUCAAGCUGCCAUCUUGCAUGGAGACAAGAGUGAAGCAGUGCAGGACUUGCUGUUGCUUGAUGUGACACCAUUGUCCCUUGGGAUUGAGACAGCUGGAGGAGUGAUGACUCCUCUCAUCAAGCGCAACACUACCAUCCCCACUAAGCAGACUCAGACCUUCACCACUUAUUCUGAUAACCAGCCUGGAGUGCUCAUUCAAGUCUAUGAGGGAGAGAGGGCCAUGACAAAAGACAAUAACCUGCUGGGGAAGUUUGAGCUGUCUGGUAUCCCACCUGCUCCAAGAGGAGUCCCACAGAUUGAAGUGACCUUUGACAUCGAUGCCAAUGGGAUCCUUAAUGUAUCUGCUUGCGACAAGUCUACCGGCCGUGAGAACAAGAUCACCAUCACUAAUGACAAAGGACGCUUGAGCAAGGAGGAUAUUGAAAGAAUGGUGAAGGAUGCAGAGAAAUACAAGGAUGAAGACGAUGCACAGAAGGGUCGUGUGGCAGCAAAGAACUCCCUGGAGUCCUAUGUGUUUAGCAUGAAGAGCACCAUGGAGGAUGACAAGUUCAAGGAUAAAAUCCCAGAAGGGGACAAGAAGACCAUUUUGGACAAAUGCAAUGAAGCCCUUAAGUGGCUGGAGGCAAACCAGUUGGCAGAGAAGGAUGAAUUUGAGCAUAAGCAAAAGGAACUGGAGCAGUUGUGUAAUCCAAUCAUUACAAAGAUGUAUCAAGGUGCAGCUGGUGCAGGUGGAAUGCCUCCUGGUGGAUUUCCUGGUGCAGGUGCUGGUCCUGGUGCUGCUGGAGCUCAUGGUGCUGGUGGAGCUUCCUCAGGUCCUACAAUUGAAGAAGCACCUGCUGUUGGGAUUGACCUGGGAACUACCAACUCUUGUGUUGGAGUAUUCCAACACGGGAAGGUUGAAAUCAUUGCCAAUGACCAGGGAAACAGAAGAACACCUUCUUGGGUUGCCUUCACCAACACGGAGCGGCUGAUCGGGGAGGCAGCCAAGAAUCAAGUUGCCAUGAAUACGGCCAACACUGUCUUCGGUCAGUUCACGGGAGGAUUCAUCCCCCAUGCUUAUUUAUUUGUUCAGACUGAGCCUGCAGUGAAAUAUGAUAUCCUUUCAGAUGCCAAGAGGCUCAUUGGACGAAGAUUUGAUGAUCCUUCGGUCCAGAGUGACACGAAGCAUUGGCCCUUCGAUGUCGUCUGCGAUGGUGGGAAGCCCAAGAUUCAGUUCAAGCGGAAGUUCAAGGAAGACAUAAGUGACAGCAAGCGAGCAUUGCCUCGUCUUAACCUGUUGGGGAAAUUUAAGCUGUCUGACAUCCCACUUGCUCCAAAAGAAAUUCCCCAAAUUAAAGUGACAUUUGAUGUCGAUACCAAUGGGAUCCUUUAUAACCAAUUGAAAAAAAUUCAGGUUUCUGAUAUCCCACCUACUCUAAGAGGAGUACCGCAGAUUAAAACGACCUCUGACAUCGAUGCCGAUGGGAUCCUUAAUGUAUCUGCCAUCGACAAGUCGACUGGACGUUUGAGCAAGGAGGAUAUUGAAAGAAUGGUGAAGGAUGCAAAGAAAUACAAGGAUGAAGACGAUGCACAGAAGGGUCGUGUGGCAGCAAAGAACUCCCUGGAGUCCUAUGUGUUUAGCAUGAAGAGCACCAUGGAGGAUGACAAGUUCAAGGAUAAAAUCCCAGAAGGGGACAAGAAGACCAUUUUGGACAAGUGCAAUGAAGCUCUUAAGUGGCUGGAGGCAAACCAGAGGCUCAUUGGACGAAGAUUUGAUGAUCCUUCGGUUCAGAGUGACAUGAAGCAUUGGCCCUUCGAUGUCGUCAGCGAUGGUGGGAAGCCCAAGAUUCAGGUUGAAUACAAAGGGGAGAAGAAAACUUUUUCUCCGGAGGAGAUAAGUUCCAUGGUGCUGACCAAGAUGAAGGAAACCGCCAAGGAAUAUCUGGGGAAAGAUGUCACAGAUGCUGUCGUGACAGUGCCUGCUUAUUUCAAUGACUCGCAGCGCCAAGCUACGAAGGACGCAGGGAUGAUUGCAGGCUUGAAUGUCCUCCGUAUCAUCAACGAACCUACUGCAGCUGCCAUUGCAUAUGGUCUGGACAAGAAAGUUGGAGGAGAGCGGAAUGUUCUCAUCUUUGAUCUUGGAGGUGGCACAUUUGAUGUCUCUAUCCUGACCAUUGAGGAUGGGAUCUUUGAGGUGAAAUCUACAGCUGGUGAUACUCAUUUGGGAGGUGAAGACUUUGAUAACCGAAUGGUCAAUCACUUUGUCCAGGAGUUCAAGCGGAAGUUCAAGAAAGACAUAAGCGACAACAAGCGAGCAUUGCGUCGUCUGCGCACUGCUUGUGAGCGUGCAAAGCGCACUUUGUCUUCAUCCACUCAGGCUUCAAUUGAAAUUGAUUCCUUGUACGAGGGCACUGAUUUCUACACUUCCCAAAGGCGAGGUGGAACCUGGGUCAUCUUUUCCAUCACCACCCUAUCAAAACUUACUGUCAUUAUUAAUGUGUUUGACAUGAGUAUCAUUACAUUGUUGCAGUCUCUCCGAGAUGCCAAGAUGGACAAGGCUUCUAUCCAUGAGAUCGUCCUUGUUGGUGGCUCCACUCGCAUUCCAAAGAUCCAGAAGCUGUUGGUGGAUUUCUUCAAUGGCAAGGAAGUGAACAAGAGCAUCAAUCCUGAUGAAGCUGUUGCUUAUGGAGCUGCUGUUCAAGCCGCCAUCUUGCACGGAGACAAGAGUGAAGCAGUGCAGGACCUGCUGUUGCUUGAUGUGGCUCCUUUGUCCCUUGGAAUUGAGACAGCUGGAGGUGUGAUGACCCCUCUCAUCAAGCGCAACACCACCAUUCCUACUAAGCAGACGCAGACCUUCACGACUUAUUCUGAUAACCAGCCUGGAGUGCUCAUUCAAGUAUAUGAGGGAGAGAGAGCCAUGACCAAAGACAACAACCUUUUGGGGAAAUUUGAGCUGUCAGGUAUCCCACCUGCUCCAAGAGGAGUCCCUCAGAUUGAAGUGACCUUUGACAUCGACGCCAAUGGGAUCCUGAAUGUUCAUGCUGCAGACAAGUCUACUGGCCGUGAGAACAAGAUUACCAUCACCAAUGACAAAGGGCGUUUGAGCAAAGAGGAGAUUGAGAGGAUGGUUCAGGAAGCAGAGAAAUUUAAAGACGAGGAUGAUGCACAGAAGGAACGAGUGACAGCUAAGAACUCGCUCGAGUCCUACGUUUUCAACAUGAAGAGUACCAUGGAGGAUGACAAGUUCAAGGAUAAAAUCCCUGAAGAGGACAAGAAGACCAUUUUGGACAAAUGCAAUGAAACACAAAAAUGGCUAGAUGCAAAUCAGGUACUUUCAUUAUUUGUUGGACAAUGUAAUUUGAGAUUCUUUGAUGUUUUCUGA